AUGGCUGACGUUGACGAGCUGGCGCGUCCUAAGGACACCCAGAAGAUCGUCCAAAGAAAUGCAGCCAUGUCAGCGAAUGAGCAGGAGGAUGCAGAAGCACCUCAAGGUGAAAGCGUCAAGUUGAACUCCGUGAAGCUUCCCCAGGAAGCGAUGCCAGUGACGAAGACAAGUUCCCAAGGCAGCCUAAGAGAGGGGCGGAAGCCCUGGUCCUUCAAAAGAAGCAGUGAACGCACGGAGGUAUCGGCUGCAAGCCCAAGCAGCCCAAGCAGCCCAAGCAGCCCAGCAAGCGCAGCGAGCCCGGCGAGCCCGAGCACCACAGAGCAGGGACGAGGGGCCUUCAGACGGCGGCUGCCUUGGCAGCGCAAAGCGGAUCAAAGCGACAAGGAUUCAGCCGACGGAGAGGGAACGUCAGCCACAACACGGGCAAGCUCCCCAUCGAAGCAGGAUCCAGUCGAUGCAGGGCGGCCUGCGACAACUUCUGUUCGCGCCACAUCUCCAGUGAAGCAGGAUCCAGCCAUUGCAGCACCGCCUUCGAUAUCCAUUCAUGAGGAUCCAGCCGAUGAAGGGGUACAUUCUGCGACGGCUUCUGGUGGAGCCACAUCUCCAUUGAAGGAGGAGCCAGAAUCUAUGCCUGCGACAACCGGUACAGCUACCUCUCCACCGAAGCAGGUACAGCCCGGUACAUCUACUCACAGGUCAACAUCUUCAUCGAAGCAGGUAUCAUCUUCGCCGACAGCUCGCGGGACAUCCCCUUCAUUGAAACAGGCACGACCUGCGACAUCGCCGCUUAAGGCAACCUCUUCGGUGCAGGACCCAGCCGAUGCAGAAGCAUUGCCUGCGGCAGCUUGGGAAGCCUCUCUAUUCAAGGAUCCAACCGAUGUGCCUGCGACUGCAGGGGCAACCUCUCUCUUGAAGCAGGACCCACCCGAUGCAGAAGCAUUGCCUGCGGCAGCUAGGGAAGCCUCUAAGGAUCCAACCGAUGCGACUGCGACUGUCACGGCAACCUCUCCCGUGAAGCAGGACCCAGCCGAUGCGGAAGCACUACCUACGCCUGCUAGGCAGGCCUCUCCAAUCAAGGAUCCAACCGAUGUGCCUGCGACUGCAGGGGCAACCUCUCUCUUGAAGCAGGACCCACCCGAUGCAGAAGCAUUGCCUGCGGCAGCUAGGGAAGCCUCUAAGGAUCCAACCGAUGCGACUGCGACUGUCACGGCAACCUCUCCCGUGAAGCAGGACGCAGCCGAUGCGGAAGCACUACCUACGCCUGCUAGGCAGGCCUCUCCAAUCAAGGAUCCAGCCGAUGUGCCUGCGACUGCAGGGGCAACCUCUCUCUUGAAGCAGGUCUCCGAAGCAGAUCAGGAGGCAAGUGCCCUUCGCCAUGACGGAGAGGCAGGGAUCUGCCCGGGACCUGAGCAGCCUGAGCCUGGCGACGCUCGAACGGAAGAGGAGGGCCACGGAUGGCAGGGCCUUCCGUCUCUGCCAUUGCAGCUUGAGCUUCGGUCUGGUACGGGAGAGGACGGGCUCGAUGGGGGUAGAUCACGGAGCCCAAGUUGGAGGAAGCUGCGAAUUCGAGAGAAGCAGCAGCGAAUCCGCCGGAGGCCAGGGUCGACGAGCCCCUUCGAGUCGCUUUCGAGCCGCCGGCGGAGGUCGCCGGAGAGCCCACAGAGCGUGGCGAGCACGGCGAGCGUGGCGAGUCCCGGCGGAGGACGCUGGACAGGAGUGCCGCCGAAGGCUGCGUACCCCAACUUGUCAGGUCUGCGUGUGCAGAAGCCGAGGCUGAAGGACCUCCGGGAAGCCCGCCGAGCACAGGAGGCAGCGGAACGGGCAAGCAGCCGCACACUGCCAGGCUCGGUGCUGUCCCGUGCCACGAAGCAGGGCACAAUCUGGCACAGACUGCACCAGAUGCACAAGGAGCUGGUCGACAAGCGCACCGAGCUGGUGGAGCGAUCCCUGAAGCAGGCCGAAGAUCGCGAGAAGUCUCUAAGAUCGGAGCACAAGCCGAGGCAAGCCGCUCCUGAAGAGGUGCAGCUCAUCGCCUCCAAGCUCCACUCGCAACAUCAAGAGCGGCAGGAGAAGCGCCAGGCGGCCCUGCAGGAGAACGAGAAGCUUCUUGCCCGGAUCUACAGCUUUGCACCGAGUCUUUCGCCAAAGACAAGGGAGCUGGUGGAGUCUCAGGGCGCGAGUGAGCGGUUCUCAGUUCUGUACGACGACCAUCGGCGCAGGAUGGCCUUGAGGGAGGAGAUCUGCAGGAAGAAGGACUUGGAAGAGCAGCGGCAAAUUUCAGAGAACAGAUUUCACAAGGUGGAGAGGAAAGUGGCUCUCGACGCCAUUGAGAAGCUUCACUCAGAUGCGCAGCUGCGGGCACAGCGGGUCCACGAAAAGCGCGAGCAGAAGCUGCAGGAAGAGUUGAAGGAGCUGGAGGCAAUGUCGAUCCACAGACAGAAGUCCCGGAAAGAUCUCGGCGAUGCCGCGGGCGCUUUUGGUCACCGACUCUUCGAGGAGUCGAAGCAGAGACAGGAGAGGAAGCAGACGCGAGCUCUCCAGGCCCACAGCGAGGCUAAAGCGGCAGCACAGCCAGGUGUGGGCGUGCCCGGCGCGCCGACAUCGCCCCGUGGCGUUCUUCACCUCUACGAGGACGCAGCCAGAAGAGAAGAAUCGCUAACGGAAAGGCGACGAAAGCUUUGGGAGACUGAGAGCCAGGAGAGCUGUGAUACCGGGACCGUUCUAUUCGGGGAUGGACAGAAUGUCGAUGGGAUUGAUUUAGUUCGCCUUGUAGAGUGCGUGCACAUCAAUGACGUUUAG